AUGAUAGCUACUACUUGCCUAACCUCUGGAGUUUGCGGUGGUGGAGGAUACUGUGCACCUCCUACACCUCUGCCUUGUCAGCCAUCAUCAUGUCAGCCAGGAUACACUUGUGGCCAAUAUGGCUGUGCUCGCAAUCGUGCCAGGAGUGCCCUCACCAAGCAAAUCAGCGGAAUAUUUGUUGACGAAGAUCAGCCCUCAACGCCCACGCCCAAAAUCAACGACGACAGCAGGGAAGAGAGGAACAUCUAUGGAAUCAGCCGUGGUGUCACCAGAACAUCAAGGCCGCCAUUAUCAGAAGAGAGUCGCGAACAACCGGAUAAUGUCACCAUACAUAGGCUAACGAAUCCUAAUUACAUUUUCCGACAAUGCUGCGAGCAGAGAGGUCUUCCUGAUGCCUGCCUUAAUAAAUGCCACUUCAACACUUAUACUCGCGAUGCCCUACAAGCGAUGUAUUUCAAAUCAGAUCCAUGCCCUAUUGAAGCCACAGCCGAUAUGCACUUUUGCGCUGCUCAAGGACGGGAUCACACACAGUGCUGCCAACGAAAUGGAGUUACAACAACCCUCGCAGGCGUCAAGUGCCUCACAUUCUGUGAUCAACGACCAGACAGGAUAACAAAGCUGGACUAUUCCUAUGUGCCCUGUUAUGAUCGCUUCGAGCAAAUGAAACAAUGUUUUUACAACGAAAUUCGCGAGAAGAUCACUCGACAGUAUGUGAUACGAUGA